AUGUUUCUCUUUCUAGCACGCCCCCGACAUGGUCGCCUGGCUGAAAAGCCGGGCAGAUGCCCGAGACAAAGAGAAACGGGCCCUUGUGGCCAAGGCGGCGGUGAGUUUAAUUGCAUCCCCACGGCCUUGGUUCAUCAAGCCCAUAGGUCAAUUGCUAAUGUGUUUCAGGCCCUGGAUUUGCAGAUCCAGAAAGAUAUCGAACACGCUGCCGACUGGCAGCUGAAGGCCGACGAACUCGAGGCCGAGGAGGCUAAGCCCGAGGAGACCGAUCUUGAGGAGGAAAGAUAUUGA